UUUGUAUCCCUUCCAAUUUCGUUUCGACAUCUUUCGUCUCGGGGUAAGGAAAGCUCUCAUCUUUUCUUCUUUUUAGAUCUUAACGAUUAUUGAAUUUUACUGUUUCUGCAAUCAUCAUCAAUCAAAAAGGUUUUAUAGUUGAUUGAGAAAAACAUGGGAGGUGACAACGACAAAGGCUUUCAUGGGUAUCCUCCCGCUGGAUACCCGCCGGGUCCUGGGGCUUAUCCACCUGCUGGAUACCCACAACAAGGCUACCCUCCACCACCUGGUGCUUACCCACCUGCAGGAUACCCUCCUCCGGGUGCAUACCCACCUGCGCCUGGUGGUUAUCCUCCAGCACCUGGUGGUUAUCCUCCAGCGCCUGGUUAUGGAGGUUAUCCUCCUGCACCUGGUCAUGGUGGUUACCCUCCUGCUGGCUAUCCUUCUCAUCACUCUGGUACACUCUCUUUUUCUCGUGCAGUUUCGCAGUAUCGAAAAAGGUUUCAAUUUGUUGUUGUGAAAAAAGUAAAAAACAUAUAAUUUUGUCUACAUGUU